UCACGGAGAAAAAAAGAAGCCGAGUCGGACUGCAACGCCAUGACGAAGAUGGAAGAGGAGUUGGACUUGAACUCCGUGAAGAAGUCCUUGAAGGUCUUGAACCAGGAGGUGGAGACCUCCCGCCAAGAGGUCCUACGUGCACUGCAGUCCAAUAGCGCGGACAUCGCGACGGCCAGCGGCCAGGUGACCCAGUUAACCGAGCUUCUGGAUGCUUUGACCAAUGAGCUCCAAGACUACCAGUGGCUCCCUGCGGAGCCCAUUACGGGCGGUGGUGCCGGUGGCGCUGGCGGCGGCCCUACGCUGCAACUGAGGCCAUAUCAAGUUCAGGCGGCGGCGGAGGCCUAUGCCACCGGCGAGGCCCAGUUGCGGGCUUCAGAGGCAGCGAUGGAGGUGCUCAAUGUCAUCCUGCAAGCAGAGCAGCUGCUGUCGGAGCUGCAGACUUCCAGAAGCUUCAUGAGUUCCACAGAGCUGCUCCUGCAAGUUUCUGGACUCUUGCAGAGCGUUUCGGCGCCUGAGCGAAUGGCCAUGGAGCCAGAGAUGCUUUGGACGGCCAAGGAAAGAUAUCGCAAGCAGAGACUGGCAUUGCUGACGUCCUUGGAUGAUGCCUUCAGCAAACAUCUACACUUCACUUCGGGCGCACUUCAAGUGAGACCUGCAGAGCUCCCGGAGCUCUGGCGUUGCCUCGGCCUUUUGGGUGUCCAGAGAACGCGCAUUGAGCAGCUGGCGGAGGAGGUAUUGAAGCAGCUCAAUGGCAUGGUGAUAGCUCGUCACCUGGUCUUGGAAAUCACCACCGCGGGUCACACCACCACCUUCCGUUGGCGCGCUGCUCGUGGCAGCGCGGUGGGGGACGACACCAACACCUUUCCGCCGUUGGCAGCGGUGGGGAAGUUCUUGAGCUUCCUGGGGCAGUCUUGCACGGGUGAAGCAGAGGUCUACCAAGUCUUAGGCUUCAGUCUGUAUCCCCGCCUGGUGAAAUUACUGAGCCGUCAUUUGGAGAUCCAAGAAGCAGAGGCCAUGGGCUUUGAGAAACACUUGAGCUCCGAAGGCUUCAUUUCUCCGAAGGAGAGCAGCUUGUCGCGCUGGGCGCAGCAACGACACCAGGCGCAGAAGCAAGGACCACAACGGCUCACCCAAGCCCGGCGUUGGAUCCUCGACGAGGCAGAAGAUCGAGUCCUUGUUCAGCUGCACUCAACCAAGCGAGGGCACUUCUCAAUGAAGGUCUCUUGUGCGGCCGACAGACUAGCGAGGACUUUCGAUGAGGUCGUCCAGUCUCAGCAGCAGGAGGCUCGAAGCUUGCUGGGUCGGAUGUGUCACUUAUUCGCGAUCCUCAGGCCCUACGUGCAGGGCGGCUUGAGGAGCCACCCGGGACGUUGCGGGCUCUUCGUCACCGAUGUGAUGUUCUUGCUUCACCAGCUGCGGCAGCUCCCUGUUGAGUACAGGCCAGUGAAGCAGAUGAAGGUCUUAGAGCAGAGGGGUCAAGACGAGCUUUGGGCCAUGCUGAAGCACCAAGAGGAGUCCUUGGUCUCUGCCUUGCAGCCCGUGGACUUGUUGGGGCUGUCGAGCGGCGAGAGCUACGUGGCGUCCGAGGCGGCCUUGGGCGCCGCGGGAGAGCAGGCGAAGCGCAUCGCCCGGGCGCUGUCAGAGGUGCUGCCGCAGGUCGUGCUGCGGAAGGUCACCCUUCACUUGUUGGGCGCUUUUUGCGAAGAGUUGCUGCAAAAGCUCCUGUGCCCGCGCGCGCAGGAGGCGGUGCCCUUCGCUGGCGCGGGCCUCUCCUCGGGCGUGGCACAGGUGGGUCGCUGGCUGGACACACUGGCGACGGGUGCUGCCGGGGGCGACGAGUUCCGGGAGGUGCUGGCGGGGCUGAAGAAGGGGCCGAAGGGGCCGAGUGAUGCGGCCGCGAAGGAAGCUCCCGAAGGCACAGCGAUCUGCGUGCUUUCAGCGGAGGAGAUCAGCAGCGCAGUGACCUUGAUGACCUCUGCUCAGAGCAUGGUGCGGCAGACGUUGCAAGCAGCAGCCUUGCCAUUGGACCAAAGACUUCAAGAAGAGGUGCCCGGAUACGAGCGCUUGCUUCUGUCCAGCGACUUGCUGGGCAGUGACUUCAGUCGAUUUCUCGAAAGGCGAUUGAAGCUGGCGAAGUCGAUGAGCAAGGAGGAAGCGAUGAGAUUAAUGAGCUUGAGCUUUCAUGAUGAGGCUCUCCCGAGCGAGGACGCCUGGCGGAUUCUGAGCGCUGGAUGAACCAAAGAAUCCACGCCCGCAGCCGAGGGGUCGAUGGACCGGUCGAAGCGGACGCGACCGACGAAGGGGCGAAAACGGGCAUCGCCGAAACGAACGGAAUCCAAGGUUCGCUCGACGUUCUCGGGGGCUCCGUCCCAGGUGCCGAUGUGGGUUGCAGCGACGGUCGACCGAUGCGUUGGUGUCGGUACGACUCGGAGGUCG